CCUCGUCCGCCAAUCCCCCCUCUAAUCAGCAUUCCGCACUACUCACACUCACACUCACUCACUCACUCACUCACUCACUCUCCGCCUUCGCCGAUUCUCCUCCUCCACCACCUCUCCUGCCUCUCCCGCUCCCUUCACUAACUCCCCCUCUAGUCCACCGGUUGAUGGCUUUUUCUGCCCACUCUACCUCGAAUCUGCUGUCUUCUACCCCUUCAAGACUCUCGCAGUCCUCUCCCGCCCCUCCCUCCUCGCUCUCGUUCAGCGCCUCCUCAUCAUCGCCUCCCCUACCACCCUCCCCCUCCUCCUCCUCCUCCUCAAUCCCGCCCUCCCGCAGCCCGCUCGCUGCAGCCGCCCCCGUCCCUUCCUCUUCCUCCUCCCAUCAGCUGCGCUUCUCGCACACCCGCGGGCCUUCCUCCUCCUCCGCAAUCCUUCCGUCCCCCUCUUCCGCCUCCUCGAGCCCUUUCCUGCGCUCCUCCGAGUCCUCCGCCAGCAGACUCGCGUCCUCGCCUUCGUCUCUCGCCGCUCUCGCAGCCCUCUCGGCUCCUUCCUCCUCCUCUUCCCCGCCCUUGCCAACACUCUCCGCCGCGCCUUCCGCUGCCAUCCUCUCCCGCCCGGCUUCCACCCUCAUGGCCGAUUCAACCCUCGCAAAGUCGCAGCUCGGCAUUUAUGACGGCGCCGUAUGUUCCCCUAUCGUCCUGCUCUUUUAACGUCAUUGAUUUACUUUUGCUUUAAUGAUUUGUCUAUCUUUAUUUGUGUUUUAUUUGCUUGUGUUGUUGUUCUCCAUUCUUCUGCAUUCCUCCUCUGUCUUUCGUUGUUCUCUCUCUGGAAUUUCCUCCGCUGCAUGGCCGCAGUAAUGCACUAGUCAGCACAGGUGACGCCGCCUC